AUUAAAAGCGCGACGAAUCGUAAUUCGGAUCUUAUGCAAGUUGAAACAGUUCUAAAGCAAUAUGCAGCUGCAUCGAGCAUGCCAAAUUGCACUAAUUUUGGUAAUAUUAUCAGUUACAUAUAAAAUUUCGUAUGGCAGUAAGCAAUGCAAGACAAUCGUGAUGGAUGUGCAUAUGAAGAAAUGUAGACUCGGUGCUGAGAGAGCCAAGAGAAGUUUGGAAAAAUUCGAUCUGCAGAAAUACAAUGAAAAGUAUGAAGCGAAGAGGCAAGAAGAAUCUGAUUAUUCGAAGAUGAAAGAAUCGAUGUCGCACGGCGUUCCGCAGAAGAGGCAACUGUCACCCGUACAAAUCAGUAGAAUCGCCCUGCCGAUUGUCACGGAAGCUAUAAAUGGCGCCGCCCAAGUACGAGCGUACAGCACGUCUGAGACAAAACAUGAUUCUAAUCCGAGCUUAAUGAAACCUGCUCUCGUUUGGCCAGGACAUUAUGUCAGGGCGCCUUAUCCGUUUGGCGGGAGCUUUUUACCCUUUCACGCUCCGGCCAAUGACGAUCUCGAUCUCGAACUUUAUCUGAACAAUGAAGAACUGGACGAAUUGUACAAUGAUAUCUACGAAAGAUCACCAAGGGCUUCGAAAGACGAAGCUUGGAAAGUUUUCUUAGAAACAGCAUCGAAGUGCUGCCAAAAUGUCGACAAGUGUCUUAAGGAAUCGAUGUAUGUACCUUGCCUAGAAAAUGGGAUGUUUUAACGCAUUAACCAUGACGAUCAUUUAUGAUCGGCGCUGACAAAAUUUUAUUAAAGUCUGUUUAAAUAAUGAUUUUGGUUAUAAAAUUGUUCUUGUGAUGUAAACUUAUGUAUUGUGUCCAGUCAAAUUAUGUAAAAAUUGCAUCAUUUGGACUGUAUAUUCUUUUAUACGAAUAAAAAGUCAUAUGUCUCCUCUCCACUUUUUUUAAGCUAAAA